AUGGUUCAAACCAACACGUUUCUGGAUCGAGGAUCGAAUACUACGUUUUGCACCAACAAGUUGAUAGAACGUCUGGGCACAACAGGUAGAAAGGCGACAUUGUCUUUAACUCCCACGAAUAGUGAUAAUGUUAAGAGUGAGAGUCUGGUGGUCAAUUUGGAAGUUUCCGAUCUACAGGGACGUAAUGUUGUUGAACUGUCUGAUCUUUUCUCGCGAGUUAAGCUUCCAGUCACACUUGAUGACAUUGCAGUUCAAAGUGAUGUGGAAAGGUGGUUAUACCUGAAGGAUAUCGACUUACCUUAUAUUGAUGCCGACGUCGAAUUGCUCAUAGGCAGCAAUGCGCCCAAAGCUCUUGAGCCUCAAGAAGUGCAGAGAAGUGAAGAUGGUGGCCCAUAUGCUGUGCGAACACUGCUAGGAUGGACCAUCAAUGGCCCACUUGGUAGGCCAAGUAAGUUAAGCCGUACUACAAACCGUAUUCAGUCUCAUGUUCUCUUGGACCAGCAGUUCGCGCGUUUCUGUGAAAUGGAAUUGAACGAUUCGCAGUUCAGCAUCGAGAAAGGAUUGUCACAAGAUGACAAGAGAGCCCUUACCAUGAUGGAAGAGUCUGCCGAAUUUCGCGAUGGUCAUUAUGAAAUUGCAUUUCCUUGGAAGGUCUUCCCUCCUCAUCUACCUAACAACAAGUUAGUCGCUGAACGUCGCCUUGGGUUGCUGAAGAAGAGACUGGUGCAGGAUCUGGAACUACACCGGGAGUAUUCUGUAUUUAUGGAUGACUUGUUUAACAAAGGUCAUGCACGAAAGGUUCCUGAAGAUCAGCGUGAUGGUUCGCCCGCAUGGUACUUACCUCAUCAUCCUGUCACUCAUCUGCAAAAACCCGACAAGGUCAGGGUGGUCUUCGACUGUGCGGCAAAGUUCCAGAAUGUCUCGCUCAAUCAACAAAUAUUGCAAGGACCCGAUUUAACCAACUCACUCACUGGAGUUCUGACAAGAUUUAGAGAACAGCCCAUAGCCAUUAUGGCUGACAUCGAGAAGAUGUUUUAUCAAGUACAAGUACCAACCGAGGAUAGCAGGUAUCUCCGUUUCCUGUGGUGGCCGGGUGGUGACACGGAUGAAGAGCUAGAAGAAUUUCAAAUGCUAGUUCACCUUUUCGGAGGUGUCUCGUCCCCUAGUUGUGCCAAUUACACACUGCAGAAAACAGCCGAUGACAAAGCAGAACACUUUGACAAAGACACCAUUCAAACAGUAAAAAGAAAUUUCUAUGUUGACGAUUGCUUGAAGUCUGUGGAAGAUAACCAACAAGCAAGUCAAUUGGUCAAUCAACUACGUCAGUUGCUGGCUAGAGGAGGUUUUCGUUUAAGAAAAUGGAUUUCAAAUGCAUAUGAUGUCAUUAAGUCAGUCCCCAUGUCUGAGAGAGCCGCAUCCGUCAAAGAGCUCGAUCUCGAGAGCUUGCCUGUAGAGCGUGCCCUCGGCAUUCAGUGGGAUGUCCAGUCAGAUACAUUCCGUUUCAAGAUUGUUGUGAAGGACCGACCCCCAACGAGGAGGGGUAUUCUCUCUGUCAUAAGCUCAAUUUAUGACCCUCUGGGAUUCAUUGCCCCGUUGAUUCUGCCUAAGAAAGCAAUUCUGCGUGAUCUGUGCCAGAAAGGAUUAGACUGGGAUGACAGAAUUCCACAUGAAGAUUUAGUGCGUUGGCAAGACUGGUUGAGGGAACUUCCUGAACUUGAACAGUUCGCCGUUGAACGUUGUUUAAAACCCAAGAACUUCGGCUGCAUAGUGUCCAGCCAAAUUCACAAUUUCUCCGAUGCAUCAAGUGAAGGAUAUGGUGCUGUUUCGUACCUUCGAGUCCUCAAUGAAGCUAAAAAUGUCCAUUGUGCCUUUUUGAUAGGGAAGUCACGACAAACGCCUCAGAAGUCAGUUACUAUCCCUCGCCUGGAGCUGUCAGCCGCUGUAGUUGCCACUAGAUUGAACAGGAUGAUGCAGCAUGAGCUGGAUGUUCCAGUGGAUGAAAGGUUGUUUUGGAGCGACAGUACAUGUGUUGAGCUAUAUCGUGAACAAGGAAAGGAGGUUCCAGACGUUCGUUGCGAACAGAAUUACAACAAUCCAUGA